GGUUCGAGGACAUCAUGCACGUUGCGGCGGCGGUGGGAGCAAUGAGUCGUGGCCGGGAGGAAGUCGACGGGUUCAAAACAGGAAGAAGGAAGAUAGACAGACUGCUGUGUCUGGAUGGAGGGGGCAUUAAAGGCUUGGUUCUGAUCCAGUUGUUAAUCGCCCUGGAGAAAGAGGCAGGCAGGCCCAUCAAGGAACUCUUUGACUGGGUUUCUGGGACCAGCACAGGGGGCAUACUGGCCCUGGCUAUCACCCAUGGUAAGGAUAUGGAGUAUCUGCGAUUCUACUUCCGUAUGAAGGAGCAGGUGUUCAAGGGGUCGCGACCCUACGAGUCGGCCCCUCUGGAGGACUUCCUGAAAAAAGAGUUGGGAGAGAACACCAUGAUGACAGACGUACGGCACCCCAGGGUGAUGGUAACCAGUGUGCUGGCAGACAGACAUCCAGGAGAGCUCCAUCUCUUUAGGAACUACGACCCCCUCCCUGCCCAGAGAACGCCCCUACGCUGCACAGCAACUUCCUUCCCUCACCAUACCACAAGGAUGGGGAAUGAGGAUGUGUUGAUAGUUGGAUACACUCAGGAACCUGCUAAAAAACGUAGGAAGGUGACAGACCAAGAGCAGGUCGUGUGGAGCGCCCGUUCCAGUGGCGCCGCCCCCACCUACUUCCGACCAAUGGGGCGGUUUCUGGACGGAGGGCUGCUGGCCAAUAACCCGACACUGGAUGCCAUGACUGAGAUCCACCAAUACAACAAAUCCCUGAAAGCAGAGGGGCGUGGAUCAGAGGUGCAGCGUCUAGGUGUGGUAGUUUCUUUAGGGACAGGUAAGCCUCCCCAGGUAGUGGUGAACUCUGUCGACGUUAGACCCUCCAACCCUCUGGAACUGGCUAAGAGCUUUGUAGGCGCCAAGGAACUGGGCAAGAUGCUGGUGGACUGCUGUACAGACUCUGAUGGUUGUGCUGUGGACAGGGCCAGGUCCUGGUGUGAGAUGACUGAUACUGUCUACAACAGACUGAGCCCCCAGCUCUCCCAGGAGGUGAUGCUGGAUGAGGUGAGUGACGCCGUGCUGGUGGACAUGCUGUGGGAGACCCAGAUGUACCUCUACGAACAGAGGGAGAACAUCCAACUCCUGGCACAGCAACUACUCAACGGCUACUGAGAGGAGAGGCAGAGGCAGGGAUGGGAGCAUGCUAUGGGAAUCCCAGAUGUACCUCUAUGAACAGAGGGACAUCRUACUACUACUGGCACAACAGGGGUUUGUUCAUUACGCCGAUUCUGUGGCAAAACGUUUCGUCAACAGAAGCAAAUGGAACGAAACAGGGAGUGACCUACCAAUUUGUUCAGUAGAAACUAAUUUUCUAUUGGGGUGUAAUCAUUGUGUAGAUGAAACAUGUACUUGAAAAAGCUCAGAGCAAAUGUCCAUCACCUGAUAGUUUGUCAGAGGUAGAGAGAGACACACAGAGAGGAGAAGAGGUAGAGAGACACACAGAGAGGGGAAGAGGUAGAUAGACACACAGAGAGAGGGAGAUAAAAGAAGAGAGAGCGACGUUUCUUCUCUUUCAAUCUGUACUGGAGACUGAAUGUCUGUCUGAGAGUUUCAUUCUUCCUCACAGACGAAUGAAGUCAAAGUCUAAAACCUGGGGAAAGGAAGAAUCAGCUUUGCACAACAGUACUGAGACUGACAAAUGAUAUAGAAAAUACAAUCAGAAACAUUAAGUCUGGAAAAAGAUAAGAAACAGAGGAUUGCAGUUUGUACAAUUGACCUCUUCUUGACAUAUCCUGACGUAUUUAUUUAUUGAGCUAAUCCAAAUCCUUCAAAUAAUCAGAUUUACAUCCAAUAAAACAAAUGCAGCCACGUAAAUGAUGUGAAUCACUGUUUUGCGUCAUUAUUACACCAUACUACACCCAUAAUCCCUCSAACCGACAUCCCCAUUCAAGUUGAUGAUGCCUUAACGGGAGRGCUGGCGGCCAUUCUGAACCYGUUCAAUAAGAAACUCUUGUUUUCGUUGCAACAUGUUCUGCUAUGAUUUGCUACGGUGUGCACUAAUGAAUACGACCCGGAUCUAUCUCUUGUAACUACCUUUGUCCUAUCAUAUCUGCCUUCUUGCUGUCUUAACCUCUCGAAUCAUAAUUAUUUCAACUGGACGGACUGAAUAAAUACCACAUUACUUGAAUAAACGAUCUCAAUGGGUUGUGAUGCUAUCUAUCUGCACUAUUUGUCUGUGUCUGAUAUGGCACCCUGGCCAAAAGUAUGUCUACCUAGUGAAUAGGAUGGUAUUCAGACUGACUUUCAGUUUUUAACUGAACUCCACCACUUGUUUGUAUUAAUAUCCUAUGURCGGUUGUGUAUUGGCUUUAUUAUUGAUGAUGAAGUGGAUAUAUGAAUAAAAUAGUAACCUAYGGAA